AUGAAGUUUACUGCAGUCUCAGCAGCAGCGUGCUUCUUGGUCUCGCAGGCACUUGGCGCAAUCAACAUAUCUCAGCCGUCAUUGUCGUCCAAGAUCACCCUCCCGGCUACCUUCAAACCGCCGCAGGUCUUCAAGAAUGCCAACUUGGUGCAUGUCAUCUCUCUGGAGAAGAACUUCGCAAAAGAGUCCAUCAAUGUUCUGAUUGAGAAUACGUCAACAGAACCGCAGGAUGAAUACUUCCUCCCUUUUAUGCGAGGCCAGGUCAAGAAUGUAGGAGGCAUUGAGGUUAAGGAUAGGAAAGAUGCCAGCUUGUUGGGGUUUUCCGUGGAAGCUGUUGAAUUCGACAGACAGAGCGAUACUCAAUACUACCGCAUUCGACUACCUACACCAUUGCCAGUAAAAGGUCAACAGACGCUAGGAAUUUCCUUCUACCUUCUUAAUGCUUUUGCGCCAUUGCCAACCGCUAUUGAGCAGUCUGACAAGCAAUACCUUGUCUACCAUUUCUCAGCAUACUGCCCAUCAGUCUAUCCCACGUUGAAGCAGAAGACGGAGGUUAAAUUUCCAUCCUCUGAUAUCCCGGACUAUACUAGGAUCGCUGGUAGCGGAGAGACUAAAGAGUUUCCUCAGAAGCAAGGGUCGAAGCUAACCUAUGGCCCUUUCCUCGAAGUCCCAGCCGGCGCGGUAUCUCCUGUCACAGUACGGUACGAGUUUACGAAACCAGUAACGCACGUGUCAGAGCUAGAGCGGGACGUUGAGGUCAGCCAUUGGGGCGGCAAUAUCGCGUUCGAGGAGCGAUAUACUCUCCACAAUCAAGGCGCGAACCUCUCGUCGCAGUUCAACAGAGUCAAAUGGGCGCAGUCCCAGUACUUCAACCCGCAGACGUACGCUCUAAAAGAGAUGAAGUUCCCCCUCCGGAUUGGAAGUAAGGAUGCGUAUUUUACAGAUGCCAUUGGCAAUGUAUCUACGUCGCGCUUCCGUUCUAAUAGGCGAGAGGCCGUUCUUGAACUCAAACCCCGGUAUCCCGUUUUUGGCGGUUGGAAGUAUCCCUUCACGAUCGGAUGGAACGCCGACUCGAGGCACUUCUUGAGGAAGCAGUCUGGCGAUAGCUAUCUGUUGAACGUGCCCUUUAUCGAGGGGCCUAAGCAGUCGGAAGGCAUCUCGUUUGAGCGUAUACAGAUUCGUGUUUUCUUGCCAGAGGGCGCCGAGAACGUUCGGUUCUACACAAAUAUUCCCGGGUCCGCCAUUACACAUUAUACGGUUGAUCUACAAAAGAUAUAUCUGGACACCAUUGGCCGAACAGUCCUAACAAUUAAGGCAAAGAACUUGGCAGACGACUUCCGAGACCGCGAUUUGGUCGUCUCCUACGACUAUUCGAUAGCGGCGAGCCUUCGGAAGCCAUUGAUAGUAUUUGCCAGCACGAUGGCGGUAUUCGUCGGAAUGUGGGUUGUCUCAAAAGUGAAUGUCAAGUUUUCGACAACAUAA